AUGGCGGCCGCGGUCGCGGUCGCGCCGCGCGCCGCGCCGCGGAGCGCCGUCGCGUCGACGGCGGCGGCGCGGUGGCGCGGCGUCGGACGCGCGGCGGCGGUCGCUCGAGGGCCGUCGUCGUCGUCGUCGCGUUCGUCCUCCGCUCGGCGCGGGUCUCCGUCGUCCGCGAACGACGACGAGGGCGAGACCGCGUCGCCGUCGUCGUCGUCGUCGUCGUCGUCGCCCUCCGCGGCGGCGUCCGAGAAAGCCGCGGCGCUCCGCGCGGAGCUCGAGGACGUGCGCGCGCGCGCGAAGCGCGUCAUCGCGCGCGGCGAGCGCCUCGUCCACCGCGGCGUCGAGCUCGACGCCGCCGCGAUUCGAAUCGUGCGCGACGCGAGCGGAUGCGACGACGACGCGCGCGCGCUGCUCCGAGCCAAGGCCAAGUUGAAGGGGACGCUGUCGCUGACGACGGACCGCGCGGAGGCGCUCGCGCGGCUCGCGGAGGCGCUCGAGCGCGCGAUCGUCGCGUUGGAGGAGCGCGCCGCCGCGGAGGAGGAGGAGGAUGGGGGCGUCGACGGCGCCGUCGUCGUCACGUUCGCCACCCCCGGUCCGGACGGCGGCGACGACGACGUCGCGGAGACGUCCGUCGCGUUGCGCCCCGGCGAGAACGUCCUCGCCGCGGCGAUGCGUCUCGGCGUCGUGUCGCGCGACGCCGCGAGCGCGCUAUGCCUCGAAGGCCGGUGCGACGGAUGCGUCAUGGAAGUCGUUCGCGUCGGCGACGACGGCGGCGGCGGCGCGGCGACGCUGCGGACGUGUCAGGCCGACGUCGGGGACGACGAGCUGGGGGGGCGCGCGACGUCGGCGGUGCGGCUGUGGUGGGAUCCAGACGGCGUGGGCGACGCCGCGUUCGAAGGCGGAGGGGCGUGGAUGGACGAGGAGGACGACGAGGAAGACGACGACGACGCCGACGAAGAGGAAGAGGUAGAGGGGGCGGCUGACGAGGACGAUCCGUUUCAGACGGGGCGAGGCGUCGGCGCUCGAGGAACCCGGGACGCCGCCGAGGGGGACGCGCCGCAGGACUGGGAGACGUUCGAGGGGAGCAAGUAUUAUCGCGAGUAG